UGAAAUAAUUUUAUUACUACUAAAAAUAUUUUGGUUUCAUUGUUUUCUUUCUAGUUUCACUCUCCAGCUCUGAAAGGGCGUAGCCCGGAGGGAGGAAGUACUGGAGCACGUAGAGAGGUUUGAGUUCAAUUCACAUCACUGCCAAAGAUCUCCUUUGUGGCUUGCAGCAAGUCACAGCACGUGGAACUGUCUCAUCUGCUGUAGCACAGAGAUCGCAGUACUGCCCUGCCUCGUGGGGAGAGAAAUCAGCAGUUUAGUGUGACACAAUGGCGUGCAACAGCUAGGGACACCUGCGGUCACCCAGUCGUGCUCUUCCUUGCUCCUCUGCCUUUUCUACCAGGUAGUAACUCAGCCGUCAGUCGUUCCCUGGACAGUGGCCGCAGAGAGCCGCGUGGCCGGUCUCCUUUCAUUGCUGCGUCACGCGGUGCGCGCGCAGGCUGCAGAGCCCGGUGUGGGCAGCACGUUGACGGUUGUGGAGCUCAGACGUUGCUGUGAGUGGCUGUGGGUGGCGGGGGGGUGAGCCUGCGCGCUCGGGGCUGCGGCUCCGUGGGGCUGAACUGUGUGUAGCUGGAUCUGCCAGGCAUGGGGGGCUCGCACCGAGUGGUUGGAGUUCAUGAGUUGUUUUCAAGUGGUGGGGAAUUCAAGGCUGGUUGUUACGAGUUUGGUUUUGGUGUUUCUGGCAAGAUGGCAGUAUGUUCUUAAAUUACUGUGACUUCAAAACCAUCUUCAGUUGGUUUUAAUGGCCCGCUGGUUGUAUCACAACUUGCUGUCUCUCACAACACUGUUGCGUUGGCUUCUCCCGAUCUGUGAUAACCAGAGAGUAGUCUGAGCCCAUACCGUUGAAAAAAACUGAUUGCUUUUUACCUUAGGCAAAAAGAAAUGCAAUAUUAGAGUAACAAAAAAAAUCUCAUAAAGAUGAACCAUGGUAAGGUCUGUCUUCUGCUCCUAUGUUGGGUGGCUUUUGGACAGCUGUUUUAAGAUAGCCUUUGAACACUCUUUAGGUGGAUUUGCCGCAGUCUGCAUUCUGAGAGGGUUUGCUGGUUUCGUUGCUUGGGGGUUUGAAAUCCGCAUGUCCACAGAUGAGUUGCUGUCCUGGCUAGGAACACAUUUUUCUGAUAUCCAGAUGUCUGCUUGUUCCUUGCCUUUGGGCAGGGUUCUCUGUGUUUAUAUUGUUUAGGAUGGAGUUACGCGGCAAAUCAUAAAGUGUGAAAUGAGUCCUCCAGGAUGGCAGAGGGAGGUGGGGGAUGAAUCCCUGGGAGAGCCUCCCACAGGGAGGGACUUUUUAUGAGGGACUUUUUGUAAAAAGGGACUGUAAGGGCGUGUAGUGAUAGGAGAAGGGGUAAGGGUCUUAAACUGAAAGAGGGUAGAUUUAGAUCAGGUAUUAGGAAGAAAUUCUUUCCUGUGAGAGUGGUGAGGCACUGGAACUGGUUGCCCAGAGAGGUUGUGGAGGCCCCAUCCCUGGAAGUGUUCAAGGCCAGGUUGGAUGGGGCUUUGGGCAACGUGGUCUAGUGGAGGGUGUCCCUGCCCAUGGCAGGGGGGUUGGAACUAGAUGGUCUUUGAGGUCCUUUCCAACUCAAACCAUUCUGUGAUUCUAUAUCUAGCUCACACAAAAUAGUCAUUCUAUGAUUUCCACACUCCGAGUUGGUUAUUUAAUCCCUCGUUUUUCAGGGAUGCUGAGGUCACAUAGCAAAGCCACGUGCCUUGCACAGGGAGCAGCAGCUCAGUUAGUGUAUUGGUGUUAUUCAAAGACACUCAAAUCUGAGGUGGAUCUUGUGCUUCCAAGAUACGUCAUCGUAUUUUUCAGGGGGAAUAGCUUAGAGUUUGUCAGUCUGACACAGUCAUUUAACUACCAGGUACCAAGCAGUGGUAAAUAACAACGACCGAGCAAGCGGCAGCCUUUUCUCCUAGAUGCCAUCUAACAGCCGGCUUCCCUUUGGGUGUGCGGGUCCCCUGGGUCUUCAGGCCUGCAGGCAGCGCUCAUCCUGCUGCCCAUGGGAGAAGCUCCGCUCUCCUCUUGGCGCUGAGCAGAGUGAGCUGCUGGCCCUGCUUUGGCCAUUAGCUCCUGAUAAACGUCUGCACCAUGAAUGCCUGAGCAUCCAAUGUCCAUCCCUCUGGAACUCAGGGAGCAAAAGAAAGGCAGCAAUGUUCCUGUCUUGUGUUAGAGGAGACCCUACACGUCAUGUGUAAGCUACCUUCCUGGUCCUCAUGAGCCCUGAAGUUCUGUUACAGGCUCUGGAAUUUAUAGAUAAACUCUGACUUCCAAGAGUUGUUAUUUUUCUUUUAUCCCACCUGUUAUUGCAUCGAAGCAUCCAGGAAUCCCUGGCUAUUUUUGACUGAUGCGUCUCAUAAAGCAGUCAGCGGUUUUAAGUUUAAUUCCUGCAACACUUUAGGACUAAUUAUAUGACAACCUGCUGCCAAAAUUCCUUGGGUUUGGCUACUGCAGGAAUUUUUCUCCAUGUUGGAGUCCACUCUGGGUUUGAUUGUUUACUGUGGAUAAGCAGCAUCUACAGCAUUGCUGUAAUCCCCUGUAUUUAUUGCACAAACAGGCCAUGGAAAUGAAGAUGAGGUUGAAAGCUUACUUGUUGGUGUGAGAGUCUUUGGGAGGAGCGAGUGCGUAAUAUUGGAAAAAAAUGAGUGAAGUCAGGUUCAGUAUCCCAGCCUGUGCCUGCUCACAGCUUCCUCUCCUUUUACGCAAGUAGUUUCUUGUGCUUUUUUUUUAAACUAUUGGUUACUGGGUUGGUGGGGUGGGGUUUUUUUUUUUUGUUUGUUUUUUAAAUGCGUGAA